AUGAAGACUUUGAGUGAAACAGCUAUUGAUUGUAUCUUUAUUAGAUAUACCGAGCAUUCUAAGGCUUAUAGGCUUUAUGUUAUAGAACCUAAUGCUUCUGUUUCAGUUAAAACUAUUAUAGAAUCAAUAGAUACAAUAUUUGAUGAAAAUCUCUUUUCAUCCAUACCUAGACCAAAAGACAUGGUUCCUAGUUCUAGUGGAAUCACCAAGGAAGUUGUACCUGAUUCAAAUGAAUCAUAUGAGCUUAGAAGAAGUAAAAGUGGUGUUCAUAAUUUGUGCGAAUCAGCAUAUGCAGAUGCUAAGCGAGCUAAUAAUACUUUAGUUGUGACUCAAUCACUUUUUAGGAGCCAAACCCUUGUCUCUCUUGCUGAAACUUUUGAAUUGGGUUUCAUUAAACCAGUUUUGAGAAAUGAUUCAAGUUCAAUUAUAAUCACACCAAUUCGGCAAAGUUUUGAUCAUCCAUAUACUUUCUUGCCUGGUGGGAAGUUUGGAUACAACAAGCGUACAAACAUUAAGCAGAUUAUCACUUCAUGGAAAAGUGUAGAAGAUCCAACAAUGGGUUCCUUUUCUUUAGAGGUUGAUCAAGAUGAGAAACAAUAUGUUAUUAAAUGGAAUAGAAGUGUGGAGUAUUGGGCUAGUGGAUCAUGGAAUGGUAGAAUCUUUAGCCAUGUACCUGAAAUGAGAUUGAAAUUUAUCUACAAUUUCAGCUACAUUGACAAUGAAAAUGAGAGUUAUUUUACAUAUUCUUUAUAUAAUCCCUCAAUUUUUUCUAAAUUAAUUAUGGAUGUCUUUGAAAGUAGAUUAGGAUUGAAGGAAUCGAUGCCCUUGUAUUGA